AUGCCGACCCUGACGCGCAUUCCCCUCGCCGCCGUCGUCUGCCCCUCGGCGCCCUUUCUCGCCCCUCGACUGCUACGCGCCACCGUCCCCCUCGCCGUCCCCCUCGCCGCCGCCGUCGCCGCCCCCCUCGCCGUCGCCGCCCUCCAGUCGUCGCAGCAGCAGAGAGGCUUCGCCAGCACUCCACGAUGCCACGCCAACGCCGCAAAGGGGAAGAAGAGCGGGCGCAGCUACUUCCUCGAGAUGCGCAAGCGAGAGCAGCAGCAGGCCCGCCGCCGCGAGAGGGGCGACAAAGACCCCGCCGAGCUGUCGCCCGAGGUCGUCCAGCUGGCGUUGCAGCUGCAGCAGGCCUGUGAGGCGCGACACGUGCAGCAGCUCGUGGACCUGUACCCAGUCGCCCUCGCUGCCGGCAUCGUCGACAGCAGCUGCACACGCAUCAUCUGCCAGGCUCUGCACGCCGCCGUCCGCCGCUCGGCCGCCAAGAAAGACAGCUCCAAGCCGUCCGAGCUGCUGCCUUUCGUCGAGCUGCUCAUUGCGGACCUUCGACGAGGCGCGCUGCCGCCCCAUCCAUACGCCUACGUCCAUCUGCUGGGCAUCUACAAGCACACCAAGCGCUUCCACGACGGCCGCGCCCUGUGGCUGUGGCUGGCCGAGCAGGAUGACGCCCACGUCUCCCAGGCGGCCUACGGCGCUGCUAUAGAGCUGAUGGCCUAUGGAGGCUUGAUGUCUCUGCCCGAGCUGGAGCUGCUGUACCAAGAGGGCCUGAAGCGCUUCCCUGGCACCUAUGCCGAGUAUCACCUCUCGCCUGAUGCCAUCAUCCCAGACCGGACGCAGCCUGUCCACAUCCUGGGCCUGCCCACCACGCUGCUACAAGGCAUCAUCACAGCGCGCCUCAUGUCGCGAGACUGGAGGAAGGCCUACCUGGGUCUUGACACCGUUCUUCGCCUCUACCCUGGCCAAACGCCGCAUCGCAUCUUCGAGCUCUUCAUCACCGAGAGGCCCCUCUCCGAGGCCUACACCGCCUACCUCCUUGCCUGCCGUUCUGGCGUACAAAUCAGCGGCGGCCAAGUCACCAACCUACUGAACAGGCUGCGAGUGCUCAUGCCACAGGCUCAUGCUCAAGCAGAUCGCUUCACAAUCCUACGUGCCAUGGCCAACGCUCUCUACGCCUAUCAGCAGUGCGGUGCCGGUCUGUCCAGCGUCCACGUUGGGCAGUUUAUCAAAGCUUUCGAGUUCGUCCUCCCGGACAAGGCCCCGGGCCAAGACUAUACCGAUGAAGAAGCCGGGCUUCGAGACACCAUAGCACUCGCUGCUCACCAAUCCUUGGCCGGCUUGAUCCAGUCAGGCCUGUCGCCAGACUUCCACCCGUUCGUGUCUCUAGUGUCGUUGGCUGGCAAGCUGCGAGCUCCUGAUCUGCUCAAGUUGACACUUGCGGAUGCAAAAACAGCGGGCAUAGCAUUCGGGCCUAUCGAGCGUAGGGUCCUGCUCACGGCUGCUGGACUGAUCAAGGACCGCAACCUGAUACAGGCCUUGUGGUCGCUCACAGUCACCAGUGCCGAGAAAGAAGGCGUCCUGAUAAGCUACAACGACUGGGUUACCUUGGCAAAAGCUUGUAGACGCGCCGACCUUCUCCCUUACUUUGACCAGCAACUGCAGGAGCAAGCGCACGCCGUUACGACACACAUCGAAGAAUGUGUCCGCCUUGCAGCGACCAACCCGGAGCCUGACGAGGCCAAAUCGUCCAUCGAACUUAUGACUCUUGAACAGCUCAAUACAGAAAUCAAAGCUCUUCAGGCACAGAUGGAGAACAUGCGAGCGGUUCUCAUGUCUGGACAACCUCUCAACCCGCAAAAUUCCCCCUUCUACAUGCACAUUGACCCCAAGCAGCCAUCGUUGGGCACCGAAGAGGCUCUGCGCGCCGUAUACGACGAGUUCACAACCGAUCCUCACCAGCCACCAGCUCCAGCUCCAGCCGAUGGUUCGCCAGCCAAGUCGACCACAACCGCUCUCAGCAAGACAGGCAUCCCACUCGAUGAACUCCGCUUCCGUAACUGGGUCAACGUCCACGAAAUGAUGAGCGCCGCCAGCGCCUACGAAACCUCUCGCCAGUCGAUCGUCGACAAGGCCAUUGCCCAGCGCAAGUCCCCAAAAGACAUCCCAGAGAUAUUGCACCUCCGCACCGACAUCAAACCCGCGCAGAGCCAGGUCGACCUCGCAAACCGCAUCAAAGAGCUCCGCACCCCGGACCAAGUCUUCCGCAGAAUCGGCAGCGAAAUCAACGAUGAGAAAUUCAACCCCAUGGUGCACGACCCGGAAGCCAACACGUGGCGCAAACCGACGAUGGAAAAGCACAGCGCCAGAGAUGUCAGUGUCCGCAAGCACGCCUCUAUCGCCACCAACCCCUUUCCCGAUCCAAAGCCCGCCGACCCGCCGGCCAGCAGGUGGUACAAGCAAAAGUCCCCAAAGGCGUAG